AUGCCUUCCAACGAAAACGCCCUUCCCAUCCAGCCCGUCCGGAUCCUGGUGAUUGGCGGUUGCUACGGCGGUCUGGCAGCGAUUCUCGCCCUGCUUGAUCUCUCGCGUGGACGCAUUGCGCGCUUCAAUUUCGACAAAGAGGCCCAGGCGCCGACGCAAAGCGUGCCCUUGGCCAUCACUUUGGUUGAUGAGCGUGAUGGAUAUUACCACCUUAUCGGUUCCCCCAAAGCGCUCGCCUCCGAGGAGUUCGCCGACAAGACAUGGACCCGGUUCCAGGACAUCCCCGCUCUCCAAGACUCCGACAUCACCAUCUUGCAAGGCAGCGUGACCUCGGUCGACUGUGAACGGAAAUCCGCCCAGAUCCUCGAGGCAAAGGCCGACACCCCACGCGAGCUGCCGUACGACUAUCUUGUUGCCGCGUCUGGCUUGCGGCGCGUGUUUCCGACCGUGCCCAAGUCGCUGCUGCGAGAUGAUUUCCUUGCCGAGGCUGGCGCGCACGCUGUGAGCAUUCGUAGUGCUCGUGAGGGGGUUGUUGUGGUGGGGGGAGGUGCCGUCGGCGUUGAGAUCGCCGCUGAGCUCAAGGAACUCAACCCCCAGCAAAAAGUCACCCUCGUUCACUCGCGCGACCGACUCCUCUCCUCGGAACCCCUGCCAGACGAACUGGCGGACCGGGUCGCGACCAUCUUGCGUGACGCCGACGUCGAUCUCGUCCUCGGCCAGCGAGUCGUCGAGACCGUUCCCGUCGAGAGUGAAGGGCGGACCUCCUUCCUGCUCACCCUCUCGGACGGCUCCAAGCUGCCUGCCGGCCAUGUCAUCAGCGCCAUCUCGCGUUCCGUGCCGACAACCACCUACCUGCCUCCACAAGCUUUGGAUGAGGAGGGCUACGUGAAGAUUGACGCUAGUCUGCAAUUCAACUCUGUCCCCAAUGCCACCUACCACUUCGCUGCCGGCGACCUUGUGUCUUGGACCGGAAUCAAACGCUGCGGCGCCGCAAUCCACAUGGGCCACUACGCCGGCACAAACAUCCACCAGCGGAUCAUGCAGCAUGCCACGGGCUCCGAACCGAAGUUUUCCUGUCUGCGCAAGAUCCCGCCCAUGAUCAGCAUCGCCCUGGGCCACACGGCCGUCUCGUAUACCCCGGACGACGGGGUCAAGGAGGGCAAGGAGCUGUUGAAAAUCAUGUUUGGAGAUGAUAUGGGGUAUAGCAUCUGUUGGAAUUAUAUGAAACUUGGAGAUGCGCCGGUAUAUUGA